AUGAAAAGUUUACAGAUUCUUACUAUAAUCACUUUUGCUGUGAUUCAUUCUGCUGCUGGCUCGGCAAUCACAAGAUCAUGGAACUCCACCACAAUCACCAAUGUCCAGCAGGCUGCUGUUAAUACUACCGAGCUCGAAACGUUGCUAUUUUCAUUACAAGACUUUAAUGCUCACAAUCUUGGACCAAACUUUGCCAUGGGUGCAAGAUCACGCUCCAGUCAUUUUGACCUUUUGGAAAAGAGAUCAGAUUUUCCAUUGUUGGACACAAUUUUACUGACUCUCAACAACACUGGUGUUGCUUUGUCUGUGAUUGACUUUGUAUUAUUGCGCCCAGAGCUAUUGGAUAUUGUAAUCCAAACUACAAUCUGGGUAAUAAGAUUGAGAUUGAUAAACUUAACCGAUCUACUCAUUGUACUACAAAGGUCAAAUUUGAUAUUGGAGGUUUUGACGUUGGGUUUGGAGGAUGCCGAAAUCUUGCCAGGAUUAAUAAACAUAACAGUUGAGCUUUUAAAACAAAGUGGGCUGGACCUAGGUUUAUUGAGUAAGCGGUUGGAAGAUGAUGCUUUUGAAGGUGUGAGAAGUAGUCAAAUCAGCAAAAGAGAAAAUGCAUUGUUGGAUCAAUUGUUUAUUUCGUUAAGAGAGUCUGGCUUGGCGGCAUCAGUGGUUAAGCAUUUAUUGACAACACCUGAAUUGGCAGCACCGAAUGCCCACUUUCUUGUGCUGAUUUUGCAAUCACAUGCGCUUAGUUUGGGCGAGUUGCUUACAGCUUUGAAGGAGUCCAACUUGAUAUGGGAUCUCAUUAGGCAGUUGUUGGGAGAUCCGCUGAUUAUUAUUGAUUUUGGAGGUAUAAUUGUUCAAAGGGUUGCCCAGGGUAUAAUUCCAAAGAGCUUGAUCCCAGAUACAUGA